AUGAAACCGAAAAAACCUAAUUCAGCCCUACGGAGUUUUGCCCGGGUAGUUUUAAGCAAUAAAAAAGAAGUAACGGCUUACAUUCCUGGCGAAGGGCACAAUUUACAAGAUUAUUCUAAUGUUCUUGUUCAAGGCGGUCGAACGCAAGACUUACCAGGAGUGAAAUACGUGAUUAUUCGGGGAGUUCGGGAUGCCGAAGGCCCCAUUAAAAAAGCUAGAAAAUGCCUAAAAUUUAAUAAUAUGAACCCAAACGAACAAAUUAAUAAAAUCAAAAUUACUUUAUUUGUUUACGCUUUGGACGAAAAAACUAAUUACGCCGUGGAUAAACUGGAGAACCUGGAAGUAAUUGCUGCUCGUAAUUCGGCUUACGCUUCUUUGAAAGGGACUUUGUUUUUGAGCGAUGGCAAGCAAAAAAAAACGAUUAGUUUCCUUUGUCAUUCCCCGACCAGUAAUUUAGAGACUUAUUUGGAAAGCAAUUUCCCCCAAACUAAUGUCAAUGACUCCAAAGAACUAAAAGACUUUAAUCUUGGUCAAGUAAUAAAAACCAAAGCCGACAUCCAAAAAAAUAUUGCCGAAAAGCAAAAAGAAGAAAAAGAAAAGGAAGAAAAAGCCGAACGAUACAGAAGGGCCAAAAUUACCGACCCGCUCGAUAUUAAAACCGAUUUUCGUUCAAUUGGCGGGCUGAGAGAAGCGAUUGCUGAAUCCAAAGCCAUUGCCAAAGAGUCAGGUUCUUUCUUUCUUAACCUUAACGGAAAUGAUUUUGCUACUAGUUUAGGGCAAGAAUUCGGCAAUAUAAAAGGUCCAACGACAGAAGAAAAAAUCAAGCAAGUUUUCGAUAUCGCUAUCCAAGAAGCCGAAGGAAAAACUAUUGUGGCUUUAAUUGACGAAAUUGACCACAUGGGCGGUGGCUUUCGGCAGGUUGGUAGAGAAUUACAAAAUAUUUUAAGCGGGGUGGAUAAUCGUUAUGAAAAUAUCGUAAUUAUUGCUACUACUAACUGGUUGAGUAGCCUUAGUCCCGCUCUUCUGCGGUCCGGAAGAAUCAACAAAAAAAUCUUGGUUAGUUAUCCCAAAGGAAAAGAACUCCUCCAAAUUAUUGAGAAAGUUUUGGGUGAUUAUCACGACGAGAGGUAUGACGACGUUCCUGAACUUUUCGGUAAUCUUUCCCGGCAAGCUUUUAUCAAUAAAUUUGCCAAAAAAAUUAACGACGAAAUGAACCAAACUAAAUACCUAAUAAAAUACGGGGACAUGAGAAUUAAAAGUGAUAAACUAGACCCCGAAGAUGGGCGAAAGACAUUGCAAGAGAAAGAUCUUACUGACGCAGUUGAAAAAGAAUACAUUGAGGAAGAAAUUGGAGCUUCCCAAGACCAAGAUGAAGAGCGAAAACCAAGAGAAAAUGGUGGCAGGCGUAGUUCAACGGCUAGAACACCGGCCUUCAGAUCCGGUAAUGCGGGUUCGAUUCCUAACGGAAAGAAACGAAAAAAGCAAAAUGAGGAAAUAUUUCAUUUUGAAAGGAAAAGAACCAGUAUUGGAAAAAAAGAAUAUAAUUUAAUAAUCGGUCGUCAUUGCUUAAUGAAAAAUCCGGAUUAUCUGCCGGGAGCCGUCAAAGAAGCCAGUAAUUACGAAGCUAACGCCCUGAUGAUUUAUUUAGGUGCUCCCCAGAAUAGUUUCCGCCAGCCUUUAAAUGUUUUAAAAGUUUCUGAGUUUAAGCAAUCUUUAAAAGAAAACAAUAUUGAUAUUAAUCAUGUUGUCGUUCAUGGUUCUUAUUUAAUUAAUUUAGCGAACACGAUCAAGCAAGAAGUGUUCAAUUUUUCGUUGGAACUUCUCGAAAAAGAAAUUAAGCGAAUGGAAGAAAUUGGUCUAAAAACUUUAAUUUUGCAUCCUGGAAGUUAUUUGACAGCCACAAAGGAAGAAGGAUUGAACCAGAUAGCCCGGGGGCUUAAUUUAGUUUUGGCAAAAAAUUCCGCUGUCCGAAUAGCCUUAGAAACCAUGUCCGGCAAAGGGAAAGAAUUGGGGAUAACUUUUGAACAAUUAAAGUUCAUUCUUGACAAAGUUAACUGUAAAGACAAAGUUGGUGUUUGUUGA